UGCUCCUGAAGCCACAAGCCCGUCUUUACUUGCAUUCAGGCAGAGGAUAGAAGAAGAAUGUCCACCAGUCCACUUGACUGCCAUGAUGGGCUGCAAAACUCUGUCCGAGCUGCGGAGCUGCGCCCUGGUGUGCAAGCACUGGUACCGCUGCCUCCACGGCGACGAGAACAGCGAGGUGUGGCGGAGCCUGUGCGCCCGCAGCCUGGCAGAAGAGGCUCUGCGCACGGACAUCCUCUGCAACCUGCCCAGCUACAAGGCCAAGGUACGAGCUUUCCAACAUGCCUUCAGCACAAAUGACUGCUCCAGGAAUGUCUAUAUCAAGAAGAAUGGCUUUACUUUGCAUCGGAACCCCAUCGCUCAGAGCACCGAUGGUGCAAGGACCAAGAUUGGUUUCAGUGAGGGCCGCCACGCCUGGGAAGUAUGGUGGGAGGGCCCUUUGGGCACUGUGGCAGUGAUAGGAAUUGCUACGAAACGGGCUCCUAUGCAGUGCCAAGGUUAUGUGGCAUUGCUGGGGAGUGACGACCAGAGCUGGGGCUGGAAUCUGGUGGACAAUAAUCUACUACAUAAUGGGGAAGUCAAUGGCAGUUUUCCACAGUGCAACAAUGCACCAAAAUAUCAGAUAGGAGAGAGAAUCCGAGUCAUCUUGGACAUGGAAGAUAAGACUUUAGCUUUUGAGCGUGGGUAUGAGUUCCUGGGGGUUGCCUUUCGAGGACUUCCAAAGGCCUGCUUAUACCCAGCAGUGUCUGCUGUAUAUGGCAACACAGAAGUGACUUUGGUUUAUCUUGGAAAACCUUUGGAUGGAUGACAGUGGCUUUCUGGGAAGAAGGACAGUGGAGAAGAGAUCUACUUUGGAAAGUAGAGCCAUGAAGUGAUAGUAUCAUGUGUGCAUGCCCAAGGAACAUCCUGAAAACACGUGGAGUUGAGAACUGGAGAAGAAACUGUACAACAGCGAUCAUCUUAGUGUUUCCUCUUUCCACUGGGCCAGAAAAAUCCUCAGGGUUGCAGUUGGUUGAGUGGGCAGUUGACAUGUGCAUGUUGCCGCAGAUUCUUCUCUACAUUAGCAGUGUGUUACUCCAGCUCAAAGAUGAGGUGUAGAGAUGCUUAGAAGGGAGCCGCAGGAUUUUGGGUAGUUUUCUGAAGAAGGUACAGUCCCAUCUUACAACUGCCUGUUCUUCCUCCAGUCCCUUUACUUCUAGCCAGCUUGACUUAGAAAGUAUGAAACUGGCUGGGUUUUAUUUAAUAUUUUUUAAUAUAUUGAGAAGCAUGGUCUGCCUGGACUGCACUUCUCUAGCAAUGAGAAAUAAAAUUGUGCAGCUAUUUUAAAAGUUGUAUAUAUAAUGUGUGUAAAAACUGUAAAGGAAAAAAAAAACCAAAAGGACAAAGGGAUUGCUUUGUUCUAAUUCAGUUUCUUAAAAAUCACUACAUGGUACAAAACUAGAGUGAUAUUUGGGGACAGUAGGGUAAUACAAAGAAGAGGAGACAUGUUGUACUAACUCAUUUGUGUUUGGGCUUAUAGUCCAUGGCUGUAACAGAAUUAUGGUAAAUGUUCCUCAGCAGGCUAAUUUCCUCAGCUGGCUAAAGACUGGGGAAAUUGAGCUACUUAUAAUUAUGCAUCUGCCAGCAAGGCUGAUGCAGACGUAAUAGGAAUGUGAGUCUCUUGGCAUUUGGCUUUAGUUUUUGGCCUUCUGAGAAAACUGGUCUCCACACAGAACAGUACCAACUGCUCUUACAGUACUCAGUAUGAGCACUAUUAGAAUAAACCCUAGAACACAUGGUCAACAGUUCUUUUAUUUUCUAACUUUAUAAUGCUGUAGAUGUUAUGAAGAAUUUUUAAUUUCAUAUUGUUUACAUUAUACAACAAUCAAAGCCUCUGAAUCUCCACUGGGGCUGUCAACAAAAUGUUUACUCACCCACUUGAAACAGCGCCAGCCAGAACCCCGUUAAGAGUGUUCUUGAUCACCUAGGUAUUGACCCAUGGGAUUUAAUGCUAAAAACUUAGGCUGGCAACAAUUGGAAAGUUUCAUUGGAAAGGGUUAAACAUGGUCUCCUAUUUUGACCCAUAAACCUUCUCGUUAAUACUCUCUGAAAUUAAUAAUUCAACACACAUGAGCUGAGGGUUUUGUUUUUUUCUUUUGUUACAACAGUAACGUCUUUCUGUAUGACAGUAUAAUUAAUAUGGUUCAGAUACAUAAGAAUUGAUGAAGGCAAGUAAAAUCUUUGUACUUUUUACAUGAUUGCUGUAUGUAUAUUUUGUUUUAAAUCUAAUAAAAUUAGGGGCAGUGAGCAGCUUGCUGGGGUUCUUGGAGUCCUUGAGAAUUAAACUUGUCCAUACUGCUAUGAAGCAGGAGGCUCCAACCAUAGGACAGGUCUGUAGUUGCCUCCUGAAAUGGUUACUGGUAUUUACUGUGUAUUUGCUAUGUUGCUUGAAAAAGAGACAUUUGUUAAAGAUCUUUUUUACAAUCUGUAUCAAGAAGAAACCUUGUACAACAUGGAAUUAUAUGUUAAACAUGUUAAGGAAGAUAGCUGGCCCAGGAACUGAUGUUUUGUUUGUUUUUGUUUUUGUUUCUGGUCUAGAAUAACUCAAUUUGGUGGUGUGUAAAUUUGAUUGGAGACCUGACUAGGAUGAAGACUGACUAGGUAAAAGGUGAUGGCAGUCCUUAAGUAUCUUCAGGUUGUGACAAGUCCUCCAGCUUCUCAUGAGUUUGGUUUAUAAUUUUGUUUCUGUCUUGUCAUAAAUGUUCAUUUGCAACACAGUUCUGAUGGUGCUGACUGGAAAAGAAAAUCACAUGGUUAUUCAUUCCUCACUGAACCUAAAAUCAGAGAAUUGCCUAAUGGUUUAACACCAAGCCAGUCUUUCUGUGUUUUGUUUCUGAUUUUUUUAAGACGGUUCUUGCUGUGUAGCUUAAGCUAUCCUGGAACUCACAGUGGUCUUCCCUGCCCAGCCUCCCCAAUACUGGGAAUACAACUAUAUGCCCCAUUCCCAGAACAACAAGCCAUUCUUAGCUCAAAGAGUUGAGUGUUCCUAGAUUGGAUGAGCAUCAGGUGAGCAGAGAGCCUUCGUUUACAGCUGGGUCUGUUUGUUACUAGAGACGAGCAGUGGCUGUCCAGAUCAUCAAGGCAAACUGCUCAGUGCUGAACGCGGUGCUUAGAAAGCAUGUAACAGAAAACAGUUGUACCCGAAGGCCGAGUAUAUCACCUACAUCAUUAAAUCAUUGCCACUCCAGCUCGACUGGAGUUUGGAGAAAUAUAAAGAAAUACUUAAGGUUGGGCCCUCUAACCCUGAUUCUGGUGUUGGUGGGAUAUGUUCUGACCAUAAGGGCUUAAAAAUGUCCUGCUGGUUUCAGAAUGCUGCCCAAGGUUGAGAGCAGAUAUGCUGAAUUUCACCUAGGGUUUUCUCAUCUACACAUUAGGAAAUCCUUGUUCUCCUCACUACCUCACAAGGAUACAGAGGGUACAAGAGAAAACACCCAGAGUGCUGGUGUUGUGGGUGAGAAGGCUGCCGAAAGGCGAGCAUCUGUUCUAUUUCACCUGCAGCUGUGAUCAGGAAGACAUGUAAUUGAAUUUGUUGUUGCUGUGGGGAGCUUUUGUGUGUUUGUUUGAGGAAGCAUGCAUGGGUGGAACAAACCUUAAUUACUAUGACUAUUCACUAUGGUCCUCUGCCUACUUGAGAUAGGCUGUUAUAAUUAUCUGGUUUUUCAUAGGAAAGAAGAAAUAUUAAGGCUUAAUUCUGUAAUGUUCAUUGGCUCAUAAUUCAUUAAAAACUCAUACAAGGAA